UCCCUGUUAGGUGUAAUCUAUGUUACAAAACACAAAGAACCAAGGUUAUUGUUCAAAGUACAAAAAAAAAAGGAAUAGAGCUGUGAUUCAGAUUUUUCAGGACGUCCAGUCAAAUAGAUGGAUUAUGAGAAGAUCGCAGAUGAAGUUUCAAAAAAGAUUUAUUCGUACAGUCAAGAUACAACAGGAUGGAAAAAAUUGAAGACUUCAAGAGAUGUAUUGGUUUCAUGGAAAUCAUCAAAUGAUUAUUUGGGAAGCAUAUAUCGCGGAGAAGGAAUAGUCGAAGAAACUCCAGAAAGAAUCAUUCCUUUUCUCUAUCUACCGGAGUACAGAUCCAAGUGGGACAAAGCACUGGAGUCGUACAGUAUAGUGGAACAAGUUAACAAGGACACUUUCAUCAGCCAAAGUUUGACCCACAGUUAUGGAAUGGGUCUAAUAUCUCCAAGGGAAUUUAUUGAUCUGAUACAUGUCAAGCGAUAUGAUGGAGGAGUCAUCACCACCAACUCUAUAAGUGUGGAAUGCGCAAAAUGCCCACCAUCUACCUCAUAUGUACGUGGCUACAAUAAUCCAUGUGGAUACAUUUGUUCGCCUUUACCAGAAAAUCCAGCUCAUUGCAAAUUUGUGGUUUUCAUUCAACCUGAACUUGGUGGUUUGCUUCCUCGUUCUGUGGUGGAGUCUGCUCUUCCGAACAAUGUAGUCGGUCUUGUCAAUGAUGUGAGGAUUGGUUUGAAAAAGUAUUUACCAUAAAUAUAACAAUUCUCUUUUGGUGGCUUUUCCCUUUUGACUGAAAAACACUGCAAGUUGGGCAAGCCAUGCUACCCAAAUAUUGUGUUUCAUUAAAAGAGAUUGCCAAUUUGUCUAG